AUGUCGGAGCGCUCUGAGAGGAUCCGGAAGCUUCACAGGCCUCCGGGGCGACGGCUCCGGGGUCUCCGAUCACCGAUGGGGGCGCCGAGGGUCAAGAAGAAGACGGUGUACCGCUCGGCGGGCCUGUCCCUGCUGCUGCUCCUGGCCCUGACGGUGCUGCAGCGCGGCCUGGCUCCGGGCCAGUUCCUUUACCCUUCGCCCUCCAGCCUGGUCAAGCGGGCGGACUCCGGGUUCUGGAAGUUGUCCGGGAACACCCCGAGCCCCGCGCCCCCCACGGCCACAGCCGCCGUCUGGGACGUGGCGGCCUCCAACUGCUCGGCCAACACCAACCUGUCGCGGCAGGCCUGGUUCCGGGCCCUGGAGCCGCACUUCCAGCAGUUCCUCCUGUACCGGCACUGCCGCUACUUCCCCAUGCUGAUGAACCACCCCGAGAAGUGCGCCGGCGACGUCUACCUGCUGGUGGUGGUCAAGUCGGUGAUCACGCAGCACGACCGGCGCGAGGCCAUCCGGCGCACCUGGGGGCGCGAGCGCGAGGCGCCGGGGGGCCGGGGGGCCGUGCGCACCCUCUUCCUGCUGGGCACGGCCUCCAAGCAGGAGGAGCGCGCCCACUACCAGCAGCUGCUGGCCUUCGAGGACCGGCUCUACGGCGACAUCCUGCAGUGGGACUUCCUGGACUCCUUCUUCAACCUGACGCUGAAGGAGGUGCACUUCCUCAAGUGGCAGGCCGCCUUCUGCCCCGGCGUGCGCUUCAUCUUCAAGGGGGACGACGACGUGUUCGUCAGCCCCGAGAACCUGCUGGAGUUCCUGGCCGACCAGCGGCCCGAGGGCGACCUCUUCGUGGGCGACGUGCUCGCGCGCGCGCGGCCCAUCCGCAAGAAGGACAACAAGUACUACAUCCCGGGCGCGCUCUACGCCAAGCCCGUGUACCCGCCCUACGCGGGGGGCGGGGGCUUCCUCAUGGCCGGCGGCCUGGCGCGCCGCCUCUUCCGCGCCUCCGAGCGCCUGCAGCUCUACCCCAUCGACGACGUCUUCCUGGGCAUGUGCCUGCAGGCGCUGGGCGUGCGGCCCACGGCGCACACGGGCUUCAAGACGUUCGGCAUCACGCGGGACAAGAGCAGCGCCCUCAACAAGGAGCCCUGCUUCUUCCGCUCCAUGCUGGUGGUGCACAAGCUGCUGCCCGACGAGCUGCUGCGCAUGUGGGAGCUGGUGCACGGCAACCUCACCUGCUCCCGCAAGCUGCAGGUGCUCUAGCCGCCGCCCCGGGGCCUGACCGACGGCUGGGAGGCCCCGCCCCCGGCCCACAAGCCCCUGGGACCGCAGGCAAUGGGCGGG